AUGACAGAAACGAACCACUCACCUACUCAGCCACUGCCCCAUUGGAGAUUAGUGUGCGAUCCGGCCGGUAUCACUGCCCAAGUUAGGGACUGGGCAUAUGAUGGCUCCGGAAUAGAAAGGGACCCGUUCGUUGUCGACUGGCUGCCCGCUGACCCCCGCAACCCGAAGUUGUUCUCGCCAUAUCAAAAAUGGGCAAUCACACUCCUUGUCUCCUUGCAGACGUUCUCCGUUUCAUUCACCUCCUCUGCGUUGUCUGGGGCCACGAAAGAACUAAAAUCGGACCUGAAUAUCAGCGCUGAAGUAGCGGCACUCAGUCUCUCACUGUUUGUCGUGGGCUUUGCUGUCGGGCCCAUGCUGUGGGCUCCCUUGGGGGAAAUUUAUGGAAGGCAGAAGCUGGCCUUUCUGUCCCUUGGAGCCUUCACGAUUUUUAAUGUUGGGUGUGCCAUUUCACCAAACAUUAUCUCUCUGGUGAUACUCCGCUUCCUAGCCGGUGCCUCCGGGGCAUCGCCUUUAUCCAAUUCAGGAGGGGUCAUUGCAGACAUGUUCCUUGCGUCAGAGCGAGGACUCGCUAUGGCUCUCUUCACAAGUGCACCGUUCAUGGGCCCAGCCUUAGGGCCCAUCUGUGGCGGCUUUCUUGCGAUGAAGAAGGGCUGGCGAUGGGUAGAGGGAAUGACAUGUGUGUUCUCUGGGGUCGUUUGGAUUUUUGCUGGACUGCUCGUCCCUGAAACAUAUGCUCCGGUGAUCUUUCGGGCUCGAGCGCGGAGCCUUUCGAAGAGCACGGGGAAGGCGUUUGCCAGCAAAAUCGAGCUGAAAAGGACCGAAAGACCCUCUUCUGCGGAGACUUUCCACACUGCCCUCUUCCGUCCUUGGGUGCUCCUGAUACGCGAGCCUAUUGUUCUCACUCUCUCGCUGUACAUGGCUAUCAUAUACGGCACCUUAUACAUGCUCUUUCCCGCCUUCCCAGUGAUCUUUCAGCAGGCCAGAGGAUGGGACGAGGGGACCGGAAAUUUACCCUUCCUAGGCAUCGUUAUUGGGGUGCUGUGCGCCACUGGCUAUGCCGCCUUCGAUAACAAGCGCUAUCUCCAUGCCAUGGGACAGUCGGGGAAUAUGGAGAUUCCCGAGGCACGUCUGCCACCGAGCAUGAUAGGGGCUGUGUCUUUAACGAUCGCCUUGUUUUGGUUCGCAUGGACAAACGCACCGUCUGUACCAUGGAUUGUGUGCAUCAUAGCAACUGUCCUAUUUGGCUUUGGAAUGGUCCUUGUGAGUCUGAGUGUCUUGAACUAUCUAAUUGACGCAUAUGUUCCCUUCGCCGCCUCCGUCCUCGCUUCGGCCACGUUGCUUCGUUCAAUCUGUGGGGCUGCAUUCCCUUUGUUUACUCCAUACAUGUAUUCAGCGCUUGGGAUACAUUGGGCAUUGACCGUUCCCGCGUUCUUGACUCUGCUUUGUCUGCCAUUUCCGUUUAUAUUCUACAAGCAUGGUUAUGCCAUUCGAGGGCGGUGCAAAUAUGCUACGGAGGCUCAGAAACUCGCGAGAAAGCUCUAA